CCAUUACCUCUCCUCCCCGCACCGCCUUCGUCGCCUGUAAUCUCCUCCUUUUUAACUCACAGAAAAGAUAGAGGCAAAUCACUGGAACCUUUUCCUACGAAAAAUUUCUUAAGUGUCUUUCUAGUAUUCUGCAAACUGAAGCAGAGUGGCAAAUAGAAGUGGAGUGGUGGAAAAGUUGUGCCCUCGGGACUAGCUUUAUGGUUUAGCCCGGUUGCCAUGGAGACCAAUAGUAACACAGUUGCUCCCGCAGAAGCCGGGAGGCUAUGGCCACGUUAGCUCGGCUCCAAGCUCGGUCGACGUUCCUGGCACACCAGUACUACUUCAGGAACAGUGCUGUAGAUGUAUUUAGAAAAAAGGAGUAUGAUGCAGCAGUUAAAAUCCAGAGCUGGUUUCGAGGAUGUCGAAUUCGGGCAUAUCUCAGGUAUUUACACAGAGUAGCAAGUGUUAUUCAAAAAUGUUGGAGAGGUUACUUAGGCAGACAACAUUAUCAACUAAUUGUGAAGUUAGAAUUUUGUACUAUGAAGAUGAAUCUCUACAACGCAAUGGCUGUCAGGAUUCAGAAGCGAUGGCGAGGCUAUCGAAUUCGGAAGUACUGCUUUAAUUAUUUUUAUUUGAAGGAGUACCUGAAGGCUGUUUCAGAGACCAAUGAUGCAAUUAGGGAGGCGUUAGAGGAGUUUGCAGAGAUGAAAGAAAGGGAAGAGAAGAAGGCCGACCUCGAAAGGGAAGAGAAGAAAAGAGAUUACCAAGCCCGAAAGAUGCAUUACCUCCUCAGCACAAAGCAGGCACUGUGGUACAGUAGAAAGAGUAUGGGUAUUGACAUUAGUCUCCAAACUCUCCUACUUAGGAUUCCAGGUAUAUACAAUUCACCAUUCAGAAAAGAUCCCGAUCCAUGGGAAUUGCGGUUACAGAAGGCAAAGCCCUUAAUAAGCCAAAGGCCUAAAGUUAAGCAGAAGCGCGACAUCAACAUGAGCAACUGGCUGGCUUGUACGAGUGCCCGCUCCCUUCCUCAAUCUGAAAUUCUGCCACCCAUUGAUAGGAAGCAGUGUCAGGGACCUUUCCGUGAUAUCACCGAAGUACUGGAACAGCGCUACAAGCCUUUGGAGCCAACAUUGUGGAUGGCAGAACCAAUCAAUGAGUUAAAGAUGGCCAGAGAAGAACUCAGAAAACAGGAGUGGAUGCGAAAUAUAAAUGACAAUAGGUUUUUGCCAUUUUCUUCCUACCAUAAAAAUAAAAAGUACAUCCCAUUAAUGCAUUCAUCAAGCAAGUAUGGUCCCAAUUCUUACGGAAGUCAACAUUUUAGAGAUGAAAAUCCUAAGAAAUGGAUCUGUGACAAGGAUUUCCAAACUGUAUUACCAUCAUUUGAUCUCUUCUCAAAGUAUGGAAAAUUAUAUUCAAAAGCUGGACAAAUUAUAUAAAGACUCAAAACACAUUAAGAGAACUGACAAAAAUCUGAGAAAGUAAAAGAAGACAAAAGGUAAAAAGGAGGUUAAAGUGUGAAGUGAGUGUGGAAUAGAAGGACCCCCACUGCCUGGAUUCCUGGAUUCUACUUCUGUGACUGCUGAGUGACCUUGACACAAGUCUUUUAACCUCUGAAGUCUCUCUCUCUCUCUCUCUCUCUCUCUCUCUCUCUCUCUUAUUUGUCCAAAGAAAAAAUUGGAAACACCUUUGGUUCAUUCAAAAAUU